GCUGGUGUCAAGAAGCAGUCGCAGUCACAGCCUAACAAGUCACUGCAUAACAAGCUCCAGAAUGGGAAGUUCCAUGAUCAGAUGACGCACGAUCAGCAGCCACAGCAGUCGCUGUCGUCGAGCCAGAACAACCAGAGCACCUUCCGCCAAAGGGACCAGUCUCUCUCGCGUUAUCAUCAGUACGACCAGCGAAAUCACCCAUACCAACCACUUCAUGCAAGGGAAGAUGAGCGAUGGCCACGAUUGCCACAACAGAAGCGAUAUGGCGAUUCAAACGGCGCUCAGGACAACGCACCGAAGGCUGUGCAAGUGAAACAAGGUUUCAACAUAGCACCCAUAGCCUCGAGCGGGGAUUCUAACAACAACGAUUCCGGUUCAGGAAAGCGCAAGCGUGAUGUCGAGGACUGCGGAGAAAACGAAGAGCGCAGCCAAAGCAGCAAAAGACAUCAGUCUACCUCUCGGAACGCAGGCCAUCUUGAAGAGCCACCACUUCAAACGCCUCACAACGGGACUGUGAGUGUCGCAAACUCGACCACUGUCAAAGCCACGUCGACUAUCAAAACCCACCAAUCCCCAAUCCUUGAGAACACUGUCCAGAUCCCAACUCCCCCAUCCAGCACCGCCACACCAGAGCAGGACGGCUGUGUUGCGACACCCCAAGAGUCGACACCAACUCCAGCGGAGAAGAUACAAGAUAAGAGAGAUCAGAAACCUUCAGUGGAAGACACAGGUAGACAGAGCAAAAAGAGGCAGAGAACUGAGACAGAAUCCCCAGGACAUACGCCUAAGCGGCCGCGCCAAACUAAGAGCGCCGAGGCCACUGCAGCACAACGUCCUAUUCCACCCAGUGGCCUCCAAGCGGAAGUCGUGCAGAGCGAAUCUCCGUCUACUCCAGUGAGUCGCAGCACCGCACGGAAAACUAUAAGUUCAACCGCUCGGCAACAAAGACGUCCAGUUCACCAUGUCAAGGCUCAAGCAGUACGGCCCGAGUCUUCGUUUGCACCAGUGUCUCCCAACAAUGAGUGCGACUUGAAGUUUAUUGAAUACGGUCGUGACAGCGUACCGAUUCUGUAUUCAAGCAUGAUUCGGCAUUCAAAAGACACUGAGCUCCUCGCUAGCCCGUCAGGGAUGCUUUUCCUUAACGCACUCGCUGCUAUCGAGGCGAGUUCGACGCAGUCGAAGCUAGGCUGGCCGUCCAUCAUCGAGCUACUCGGUCGCACCCCGAAUAAGAACAUCCCUACAAGAAUUCUUGAUGACAUCGAUAUCUACCUUCGCGAGACGGAAGGGGAGAAUCAGUUGUAUGUGGCCACUGAUUGUGGCCUUCUGCGCGCGACGGAAUAUCUGAAGCUAAUCGGGGUGCCCGACACACAGCCAGUCAGAUUUAAGGGCCGGAUACCACCGUGGGCAAACGCUGCACUGCGUUCACGCGAGCAGCGAAGAGUGACAAAGACUUGGGGUCAAGAGAAGUAUGUCAGAAAGGACAUGAAACUUGGAAGUCAUCAGAUCGCGCUGAUGCUGGAGACUCAUGCGGAUGAGAGAGAGCAUCGCGCAAAAGAGGCUGUCCGUCAACAGUCGACAGACGAAUCUGCAGCAAAUGCCUCCUCGGCGGGAGAUGGACAGUCUGCGCAGACAGAGGAAACGUCUGCACGAAGGCGAGACAUUGAAGCGAAAGUUUCGGCAAAACCAGAGCCCCGAUACAUGGAGAUCUUAGAAACAGAAUUGGGGGGUCUGCCACUUCCAGCAGGGUCGGUCGUGGAUGUUUACAAGGUGGAUGAUGAUGAUAACUGGGCGUAUGGACGAGUGAGUGGUACGAACAAGACAGGACGCUUCCCUAUUAAGCAUACAUGUCCCGUUGAUUGGAGCCUGGACCGAUUCUCGGGAACAAAUAACAGUCUCCGCGAACCGUUGCCUAAGUCUUAUGAUCCAGCUGACCAGAAUUGGAACGGUCUGAUCGAUUGGGUUCGACGGUGCGGUUUCGCAGAAGGCCCGACCUGGAAGGAGACCUGUGCAGCGGCAGCAGCUGCAGCAAAAGAUGCGAAAGAGCGGAACAUAGCUGCCAGAAAGAAAUUCUCUAGCACCAACUCUGACCCUCAAGCGAGGAAGUCACUUGCUGAGCUGCCAACAACCCAUGAGCCCUUGAAGGAGGCAUGUCCAGCACCGACCUCGAACGCGAUCGCUGCGACAGAACCUGCAACCAAUAUUCCAACGACGGCCGCAGUGCAGAUUACAUCAAAGGCAGAGAGCACUUCGACUUCGAAACCGCUCGCUGUGACAGAAACUGCAGCAGAAAUUACAUCGACAGCCGUAGUUCAGAUCACAUCAGAGCCAGAGAACGCUACCAUCUCGGAUGAUGGUACUGGCAAGGGUACAGAUGGUACUGCAAGCCCCGAAACCGACGUCGAUAUCGAUGUAAAUGCCGCACAGACUUCACUCUCGACGUCUCCAGUUGGAAAAGAGGUGGCUCUGAAGCCAGACGAACAUAGAGUGUCCGUGCAAGAAGACGCGGCUUCAGCUACAGUCCAAGAACCAGAAGUUCUUAAGCCAAACGAAGAAGAAAAACCCGACGCUGGUGAAGGAAAGACAGUUGCCCCUCGCAACCCUUUCACAGUUCCGCGCCUCGAUCCGUUUGCCAAGAACGAUACCCAAGGACCAGAACUUCUUACGCCAAGCGAAGAGGAGAAGACCAAAGCUGAUGAGGACGAAAUAGUUGCGCCUCGCAACCCUUUCACAGUCCCGCGCUGCGAUCCGUUCGCCAGGAACGACGACAUCGAGUAUGAUUGGGGCGACAGCGAUGAUGACCUAUGAGGACGAGGCUACCUAACAUUGGUUGGAUAUCCGAGUAAGUGCCAAGGAUAGGCUCAUGCUAGGCGGGCUCUUGAUGGUGCUGUGGGGUUCGGUAGAUGUGGCAUACCUGGUCACGUCCUGUUCUUGGAGAGGUCAAACUCUCGUCAAAGGAACAGAAUGAUGAGAAAAACGUAUGGCUCCACUCUCCCAGCUCCUCCUUCAACGCCCGUAGCUUGAUGCUUGAUCCCGAUGUUACGCACUAGUUCAUGCUCUUUACUUGAUAUAAAU